AUGCAGCACACAGAGUGCAGCCACAUCUCACCCUUCAACGACCCCCAGCCACAUCUCACCCUUCAACGACCCCCAGCCACAUCUCACCCUUCAACGACCCCCAGCCACAUCUCACCCUUCAACGACCCCCAGCCCAGCCACAUCUCACCCUUCAACGACCCCCAGCCCAGCCACAUCUCACCCUUCAACGACCCCCAGCCCAGCCACAUCUCACCCUUCAACGACCCCCAGCCACAUCUCACCCUUCAACGACCCCCAGCCACAUCUCACCCUUCAACGACCCCCAGCCACAUCUCACCCUUCAACGACCCCCAGCCACAUCUCACCCUUCAACGACCCCCAGCCACAUCUCACCCUUCAACGACCCCCAGCCUACAUCUCACCCUUCAACGACCCCCAGCUCCAUCUCACCCUUCAACGACCCCCAGUCCAGCUACAUCUCACCCUUCAACGACCUCCAGCCACAUCUCACCCUUCAACGACCUCCAGCCCAGCUACAUCUCACCCUUCAACGACCCCCAGCCACAUCUCACCCUUCAACGACCCCCAGCCCAUCUCACCCUUCAACGACCCCCAGUCCAGCCACAUCUCACCCUUCAACGACCCCAGCCACAUCUCACCCUUCAACGACCCCCAGCCCAGCUACAUCUCACCCUUCAACGACCCCCAGCCCAGCUACAUCUCACCCUUCAACGACCCCCCAGCUACAUCUCACCCUUCAACGACCCCCAGCCACAUCUCACCCUUCAACGACCCCAGCCACAUCUCACCCUUCAACGACCCCCAACCACAUCCACCCUUCAACGACCCCCAACCACAUCUCACCCUUCAACGCCCAGCCACAUCUCACCCUUCAACGACCCCCAGCCCAGCUACAUCUCACCCUUCAACGACCCCCAGCCCAGCUACAUCUCACCCUUCAACGACCCCCAGCCACAUCUCACCCUUCAACGACCCCCAGCCACAUCUCACCCUUCAACGUCCCCAGCCACAUCUCACCCUUCAACGACCCCAGCCACAUCUCACCCUCCAACGACCCACAGCCACAUCUCACCCUCCAACGACCCCCAGCCACAUCUCACCCUCCAACGACCCCCAGCCACAUCUCACCCUUCAACGACCCCCAGCCAGCAUCUCACCCUUCAACGAUCCCCAGCCCAGCUACAUCUCACCCUUCAACAAUCCCCAGCCACAUCUCACCCUUCAACGACCCCCAGCCCAGCUACAUCUCACCCUUCAACGACCCCCAGCCACAUCUCACCCUUCAACGACCCCCAGCCCAGCUACAUCUCAACCUUCAACGACCCCCAGCCCAGCUACAUCUCACCCUUCAACGACCCCCAGCCCAGCUACAUCUCACCCUUCAACGACCCCCAGCCACAUCUCACCCUUCAACGACCCCAGCCCACAUCUCACCCUUCAACGACCCCCAGCCCAGCUACAUCUCACCCUUCAACGACCCCAGCCCAGCUACAUCUCACCCUUCAACGACCCCCCAGCUACAUCUCACCCUUCAACGACCCCCAGCCCAGCUACAUCUCACCCUUCAACGACCCCCAGCCCAGCUACAUCUCACCCUUCAACGACCCCCAGCCCAGCUACAUCUCACCCUUCAACGACCCCCAGCCCAGCUACAUCUCACCCUUCAACGACCCCCAGCCCAGCUACAUCUCACCCUUCAACGACCCCCAGCCCAGCUACAUCUCACCCUUCAACGACCCCCAGCCCAGCUACAUCUCACCCUUCAACGACCCCCAGCCCAGCUACAUCUCAACCUUCAACGACCCCCAGCCCAGCUACAUCUCACCCUUCAACGACCCCCAGCCCAGCUACAUCUCACCCUUCAACGACCCCCAGCCCAGCCACAUCUCACCCUUCAACGACCCCCAGCCCAGCCACAUCUCACCCUUCAACGAUCCCCAGCCCAGCCACAUCUCACCCUUCAACGACCAGCCCAGCCACAUCUCACCCUUCAACGACCCCCAGCCACAUCUCACCCUUCAACGACCCCCAGCCCAGCCACAUCUCACCCUUCAACGACCCCCAGCUACAUCUUACCCUUCAACGACCCCCAGCCCAGCCACAUCUCACCCUUCAACGACCUCCAGCCACAUCUCACCCUUCAACGACCCCCAGCCACAUCUCACCCUUCAACGACCCCAGCCACAUCUCACCCUUCAACGACCCCCAGCCACAUCUCACCCUUCAACGACCCCCAGCCACAUCUCACCCUUCAACGACCCCCAGCCCAGCUACAUCUCACCCUUCAACGACCCCCAGCCCAGCUACAUCUCACCCUUCAACGACCCCCAGCCCAGCUACAUCUCACCCUUCAACGACCCCCAGCCCAGCUACAUCUCACCCUUCAACGACCCCCAGCCCAGCUACAUCUCACCCUUCAAUGACCCCCAGACCAGCUACAUCUCACCCUUCAACGACCCCCAGCCACAUCUCACCCCAUAA